AUGGCCAAAUCGUCUGGCGAAAUUGGUAGUGAAGAAGCCAUCUCUCCAGAAGCAUCCAAGCGCAUCUGCGACCAUAUGAACGACGAUCAUAUGGUUUCCGUUUACGCCAUGGCCAAGGAGUUGAUUGAAUAUAAACGGGAUUGGAAAUUGACAGGCGCCAAGCUCAAGAGAGUGACGGCCUAUGGAUGCGAAAUUCAGGCUAUAACAUGCUCCGGCGAACUCUGUGAAAUGCUACCCGUUGUUUACCCAUUUCGACCGGCUCUCAAAACUGCGGCUCAAUCUCGGAAACAAUUGGUCAAGAUUCACCAAAAAGUGUGCUCUCCAAAACUAGAGUGGCUACUGGACCCAUUGCCGCUGGGUGUGAUCGGCAUUAGUAUUUUUCUAGCGUACGGAACGCUCAUUCUUGGAAUUCCGGAGCUGAAAGCUUCCAUUGAAAACGACGAAUCUAUGAAUUCCAUGAUAUGUUCGUUGUUCGGUUCACCGCACAUUUUCAGUCAGAUGGUCAAGGCCGCCUUUUGGUUUACGGUUGUGAUUCACAGUGCUGAAGCUGACUAUGCAAUCUACAAAUGUCGCACCACAUUGAAGUUGGAUUGGAUAACAUCGAUGUUUUGGUUUGCAACAACCUGUCUUGUGGGGUAUCCCGUUUUAGGGCAUCUGAUUCAGCUGAUCCAAAUUCACGACAAGAGCAAGGCAGCUCAAAAGGCUAAGCUGAAGUAGUCGAACUGGCAUAGUACGAACUUUUCAAUAAUGAAAAGCCAUUAAUUUAGUUCAAGUAACGUUUUAAACCUAUUUUUUGGUUUU